AUGGAUACUGAAGAAGUGUAUGUGGAUGAUAAUGCGCACACGGGGUGCUACGUCUUCAGAUCAACGGACAACGAGCAACACGAAGACUUCGAUCAACGGCCUAAGAAAAGAAGGAAGCUUGGGACCCCUGGCCAUGGCACAUUGAACAAAGAUGAGGAAUACACUUGGCCCAGACUUCUUGGAGGCCACGAAUCCCCUGAAGGCCCUGAAGUUCGACAGCAGUUGUUCCAUACACUAUGGGCUCAACAAGAAGCAAAGAUCGACGCUGUAACCGGGAAGGUGGACAAGAACUUCGUGGAUGAGAUGCUUGACUAUGUCCGCAACUCCCAAGUAGAUAGGUCUGAUGACAAGAUUGGUACUGGACUGGUCGUCUCUACUCGCGGCAGAGACACAUACAAAGAUCUUUCCCGCGGUUGGGAGGGCGUUGGUUCUCAUACAUCCACAGAGAUCUUGAUACGACUUCAACCCAGCCAUGCACCGAGCCUCCAAAUCGCGCUGAAGAACGUUAUCAGGCUGGCGCUGUCUCAGAGACGGGGUAUGGACGAAUACAACAAUUUCCUCGCCGCCAAUAAGGGCAUGAUCCCGAUGAACUUCGAUCUCGAACUGCUUAAACUCUAUUCAGUCAAGUACGGUAUACAGAGAGUAUUAGUCUUCAUCUCGGAUAUUGAGGCGUUCGACACUGGGGUCUUCUCUGAGUUGGCCGCGACGUUCAGGUCCUGGACAGAUCGUAUACCAUUUGUCCUGUUCAUCGAGAUAUCGACGACGGUAGCUCUUUUUGAAUCUAGGCUUUCCAGGUCGACGGUCAGCCAUCUUGACGCUCGAGUUUUUGAGUCGUUACAUGCGGAGGACCAGAUUGAUCCUCUUUUCGAAAUUUAUGCCACCAUUCAGGACUCUGGCGCAGGGGUCUUUUUGGGGCCUGCGACACUGGGCGUCCUUGCGGAGUUGGCUGAAGACCAAGGCUGCACAACUGAGACUAUCAUACGGGCACUCAAAUAUGUGUUCAUGUCACAUUUCUUCGCGAAUCCUCUAUCAGUCUUUGCUGUUUCUGACGCUAACACAGCAUUGUCUGAUAAUCCUUCCCUGGCUCAGACGAUUCGUAACACUGCUGGUUUCCGGGCCCAUUGCGAGAACCUGGCAAAUGGUACAAAAGCCCAGAGACAACAUCUGCGAACUCUUCUCGUCUCUGACGCAGCACUCGAGAACGAAGCAAUCCAGAGUCUGCGUGCAGGUCAAGAACGGAUGCGUUUGAUCCUAACGACCGUAGCCGCCUUGAGAAUUAUCUACCGGCAACUGCAUGGCACAACGGCAUUGUCGUCGUUCGAAGUUCAGAGACAGCUACUCGCCUCCUUGCCAGACUUGACUGAGUCCAGGAUAUUCGACGAGAUCGAAUCCGCAGUCAGAUCCAUGGCCGCCUUCGAAGACUUCCGGGAUCUCCUGUCAGCGACAUCCAAAGAGAUAGAAGACCUCAACACUUUCGAGCCUGAGUCGGAGGGCUACGAUGCUGAUCAAGCAAUUCCUAAUCUUCAUUCGAUCCGGGAUAAGCUCCAAUUUGAUGUUCCGACCACGACCAGAGACGUGUCUGAAUUGACCAACGCGUUCUUAAACCUACUGACGCGCUAUGUACAAUCAAGGACAACAUAUGCAUCUGCAAGUCCAGAAACAUCCCCCUGGACCAGCUUCAUGGCCGAGGCCUACAUGUACAACCUCAAAUCACCACUGUCUGCGAUUGUCCGCCCCCGCACACGCUAUGCUCUCGAACGUGCUCUGACCCGCCCUUCGGACUACUUAGGUUGCGACUGCUGCAUGCUGGAUAAAGGCACCAUUCUCGACAAGACAACCUUGCCGCCGACUUCCUUGCUGCUCAGCAUGCUCAACGAGGCGGGAACCGUGAUCAACGUGCGUGAUUUGUGGGAUGCGUUCAGGGGUAUGGUUGCGCCGUCUCUUGGGCAUAGUGGGACAGAGCAGAACGGCGACAAAGAUACAGAAGAUACCGAAGAAGAAGACCAUGAAGAUAUGGACGAGGCUACAGAGCGGAAAGCCCUGGCUUUGUUCUACCGCUCGGUGGCAGAGUUGCGGCACCUAGGUCUGAUCAGGCAGAGCAAGAGAAAGCCAGGCGUCGACUGUGUGGCAAAGACAGCCUGGAUGGGCCUAUAA